GCCACGAGUUGGUGGCCAUCACAAGCAGAGCUAAUUCUGCUGAUGGUAAAUUGGAAUAUGUGCAACACAGAUGCCAAAAGAGAGAAAAAAGGAGAUGCUUUCAAGAGCUCUGCUUCCAGAGAAGGUCCAUCAUGAAGCUCCGCUGUGUGAUCCUGGGUGCUCUGCUUCUUCUGCCGCCGGCCGGCUGCAGCAACGCACUCAAGGCCCCCGCCAUCGACCUGCGCACCUUUGUGGGCUGUGCUGUGCGUGAGUUCACCUUCCUGGCCAAGAAACCCGGCUGCAGGGGGCUGCGGGUGACAACGGACGCCUGCUGGGGACGCUGCCAGACCUGGGAGAAGCCGGUGCUGGAACCACCUUACAUUGAAUCUUACCACCGUGUUUGUACCUACAACGAGACCAAGAUGAUGACAGUGAAGCUGCCCAGGUGUGCCCCCAACGUGGAUCCCUCCUACACCUACCCGGUGGCCAUCCGCUGCGACUGUGACAUCUGCUCCACUGCCACCACCGAAUGUGAGACUGCCUGA